AUGGCGGCCGCAACCGUGGUGGUUCCUGUAGAGUGGAUAAAGAACUGGGAGAAAUCAGGGAGAGGCGAAUUUUUACAUUUAUGCCGGAUCCUCAGUGAAAAUAAAAGCCACGAUAGUUCAACUUACAGAGAUUUCCAGCAAGCUCUUUAUGAAUUAUCAUACCAUGUCAUUAAAGGAAAUCUAAAGCAUGAACAGGCAUCUAAUGUUCUUAGUGACAUUAGUGAAUUUCGUGAGGAUAUGCCCUCCAUUCUUGCUGAUGUAUUCUGCAUAUUAGAUAUUGAGACAAAUUGUUUAGAAGAAAAAAGCAAGAGAGACUAUUUUACACAAUUGGUAUUAGCAUGUUUGUAUUUAGUUUCAGACACAGUUCUAAAGGAACGCUUGGAUCCAGAAACAUUGGAAUCAUUAGGGCUUAUCAAACAAUCACAGCAAUUCAAUCAAAAGUCAGUUAAAAUCAAGACAAAACUCUUUUAUAAGCAGCAAAAAUUUAAUUUGUUAAGAGAAGAAAAUGAAGGUUAUGCCAAGCUGAUUGCUGAAUUGGGGCAAGAUUUAUCUGGAAAUAUUACUAGUGAUUUAAUCUUAGAAAAUAUCAAAUCUUUAAUAGGAUGCUUUAAUCUGGAUCCCAAUAGAGUUCUGGAUGUCAUUUUAGAAGUGUUUGAAUGCAGGCCAGAACACGAUGACUUCUUUAUAUCUUUAUUAGAAUCUUACAUGAGUAUGUGUGAACCGCAAACACUGUGUCAUAUUCUUGGGUUCAAAUUCAAGUUUUAUCAGGAACCAAAUGGAGAGACUCCUUCAUCUUUAUACAGAGUUGCAGCAGUACUUCUACAAUUUAACCUUAUUGAUUUAGAUGAUCUUUAUGUACAUCUUCUUCCAGCUGAUAAUUGCAUUAUGGAUGAACACAAACGAGAAAUAGUAGAAGCUAAGCAGAUCGUUAGGAAACUUACAAUGGUUGUAUUGUCUUCUGAUAAAAUUGAUGAGCGAGAGAAAGAAAAGGAAAAAGAAGAGGAGAAAGUGGAGAAGCCACCUGACAACCAAAAACUUGGUUUGUUGGAAGCCUUGUUAAAGAUUGGUGAUUGGCAGCAUGCACAGAGCAUUAUGGAUCAGAUGCCUCCAUACUAUGCAGCUUCACAUAAACUAAUAGCCCUUGCAAUUUGCAAGCUGAUUCAUAUAACUAUUGAGCCUCUCUAUCGAAGAGUUGGCGUUCCUAAAGGUGCUAAAGGCUCACCUGUUAGUGCUUUGCAAAAUAAGAGAGCACCAAAACAAGCAGAGAGCUUUGAAGAUUUGAGGAGAGACGUCUUCAAUAUGUUCUGUUACCUUGGUCCCCACCUUUCUCACGAUCCCAUUUUAUUUGCAAAAGUGGUGCGGAUAGGCAAGUCAUUUAUGAAGGAGUUUCAGUCUGAUGGAAGCAAACAAGAAGAUAAAGAGAAAACGGAAGUUAUCCUUAGCUGUUUGCUUAGCAUUACUGACCAGGUAUUACUUCCAUCUCUUUCUUUGAUGGACUGCAAUGCUUGUAUGUCUGAGGAACUAUGGGGAAUGUUUAAAACAUUUCCAUAUCAGCAUAGAUAUCGUCUGUAUGGCCAGUGGAAGAAUGAAACUUACAACAGUCAUCCACUUUUAGUAAAAGUUAAAGCUCAAACAAUAGACAGAGCCAAAUAUAUCAUGAAGCGUCUAACCAAGGAAAAUGUGAAGCCUUCUGGAAGACAAAUUGGGAAGUUGAGCCACAGCAAUCCAACCAUUUUGUUUGAUUAUAUCUUGUCACAAAUACAGAAGUAUGAUAACUUGAUAACACCUGUAGUAGAUUCAUUGAAAUACCUCACUUCGUUGAAUUAUGACGUCUUGGCCUAUUGUAUCAUUGAAGCUUUAGCUAAUCCAGAAAAGGAGAAGAUGAAGCAUGAUGACACAACCAUCUCAAGUUGGCUUCAGAGUUUGGCUAGUUUCUGUGGUGCAGUUUUUCGUAAAUAUCCAAUUGAUCUUGCUGGUCUUCUUCAGUAUGUGGCUAAUCAGCUAAAGGCAGGCAAAAGUUUUGACCUGCUUAUACUGAAAGAAGUGGUACAAAAAAUGGCAGGAAUAGAAAUUACAGAAGAAAUGACAAUGGAGCAACUAGAAGCCAUGACUGGUGGAGAGCAACUAAAAGCUGAGGGUGGUUAUUUUGGUCAGAUAAGAAACACGAAAAAAUCCUCCCAGAGAUUAAAGGAUGCACUAUUAGACCACGAUCUUGCUCUUCCUCUCUGCUUGCUUAUGGCUCAGCAGAGGAAUGGGGUAAUCUUUCAGGAAGGUGGAGAGAAACAUUUGAAACUUGUGGGAAAACUCUAUGAUCAGUGUCAUGAUACCCUGGUACAGUUUGGUGGGUUUUUAGCAUCUAAUCUAAGCACAGAAGAUUAUAUAAAGCGAGUGCCUUCAAUUGAUGUGCUCUGUAAUGAAUUUCACACACCUCAUGAUGCAGCAUUUUUCCUGUCUAGGCCAAUGUAUGCACACCAUAUUUCGUCAAAGUAUGACGAACUUAAAAAAUCAGAGAAGGGAAGUAAACAGCAGCAUAAAGUUCAUAAGUACAUCACAUCAUGUGAAAUGGUGAUGGCUCCUGUUCAUGAAGCAGUGGUUUCCUUACAUGUUUCCAAAGUCUGGGAUGACAUCAGUCCUCAAUUCUAUGCCACGUUCUGGUCAUUGACAAUGUAUGACCUUGCAGUUCCACAUACCAGCUAUGAACGGGAAGUCAAUAAACUUAAAAUCCAGAUGAAAGCAAUUGAUGACAAUCAGGAAAUGCCUCCAAAUAAAAAGAAAAAAGAGAAGGAGCGAUGUACUGCCCUUCAAGACAAGCUUCUUGAAGAAGAAAAGAAACAGAUGGAACAUGUACAGCGAGUUCUGCAGAGACUGAAACUGGAAAAGGACAACUGGCUUUUAGCAAAAUCUACCAAAAAUGAGACCAUCACAAAAUUUCUACAGCUGUGUAUAUUUCCUCGAUGUAUUUUUUCAGCAAUUGAUGCUGUUUACUGUGCUCGUUUUGUUGAAUUGGUACAUCAACAGAAAACUCCAAAUUUUUCCACACUUCUUUGCUAUGAUCGAGUUUUCUCUGAUAUAAUUUACACAGUCGCAAGCUGUACUGAAAAUGAAGCUAGUCGAUAUGGGAGAUUCCUUUGCUGCAUGUUAGAGACUGUGACCAGGUGGCACAGUGAUAGAGCCACAUAUGAAAAGGAAUGUGGAAAUUAUCCAGGAUUCCUUACUAUAUUACGAGCAACUGGAUUUGAUGGUGGAAAUAAAGCUGAUCAAUUAGACUAUGAAAAUUUUCGACAUGUUGUACACAAAUGGCAUUACAAACUAACCAAGGCAUCGGUACAUUGCCUUGAAACAGGCGAAUAUACUCACAUCAGGAAUAUCUUGAUUGUGCUAACAAAAAUACUUCCUUGGUACCCAAAAGUUUUGAAUCUGGGUCAGGCUUUGGAAAGAAGAGUGCAUAAAAUCUGCCAAGAGGAAAAAGAGAAGAGGCCAGAUCUAUAUGCAUUGGCUAUGGGCUACUCUGGGCAGUUGAAAAGUAGAAAGUCAUACAUGAUACCUGAAAAUGAGUUUCAUCACAAAGACCCCCCUCCGAGGAAUGCAGUUGCCAGUGUACAAAAUGGGCCUGGUGGUGGGCCUUCUUCAUCGUCGAUCGGAAGUGUGUCUAAGUCAGACGAAAGCAGUACCGAGGACACUGAUAAAUCAAGGGAGAGAUCUCAGUGUGGUGUGAAAGCUGUUAAUAAAGCUUCUAGUGCCACACCAAAAGGGAAUUCAAGUAAUGGAAAUAGUGGCUCUAACAGCAGCAAAACUGUUAAAGAAAAUGACAAAGAGAAAGGAAAAGAGAAAGAAAAAGAGAAAAAAGAAAAGACUCCAGCUACUACUCCAGAGGCCCGAGUACUUGGUAAAGAUGGUAAAGAAAAACCAAAGGAAGAACGGCCAAAUAAAGAUGAAAAAGCAAGAGAGACGAAGGAAAGAACACCUAAAUCUGACAAAGAGAAAGAAAAAUUCAAGAAGGAAGAAAAAGCUAAAGAUGAGAAAUUCAAGACCACUGUCCCGAAUGUAGAAUCUAAGUCAACUCAAGAAAAGGAAAGAGAGAAGGAGCCGUCCAGAGAACGAGAUAUAGCAAAGGAAAUGAAAUCAAAGGAAAAUGUUAAAGGAGGAGAGAAAACACCAGUUUCUGGGUCCUUGAAGUCACCUGUUCCCCGAUCAGAUAUUACAGAACCUGAAAGGGAACAGAAACGUCGCAAAAUUGAUACCCAUCCUUCUCCAUCACAUUCCUCCACAGUAAAGGACAGUCUCAUCGAACUCAAGGAGUCUUCAGCAAAGCUCUACAUUAAUCAUACUCCUCCACCACUGUCCAAGAGUAAGGAGAGAGAAAUGGACAAGAAAGAUUUGGACAAGUCAAGGGAAAGAUCCAGAGAAAGAGAAAAAAAAGAUGAAAAGGACAGGAAAGAGCGGAAAAGGGAUCACUCAAACAAUGACCGAGAAGUGCCACCGGACUUAACCAAGAGGCGGAAAGAGGAAAAUGGAACAAUGGGGGUUUCAAAACACAAAAGUGAAAGUCCAUGUGAGUCUCCUUAUACAAAUGAGAAAGACAAGGAAAAAAAUAAGUCAAAAUCUUCAGGCAAAGAAAAAGGUGGCGACUCUUUUAAAUCUGAAAAGAUGGAUAAAAUCUCCUCUGGUGGCAAAAAGGAGUCCAGGCAUGAUAAAGAAAAGAUAGAAAAGAAAGAGAAACGGGACAGUUCAGGAGGAAAGGAAGAGAAGAAACAUCAUAAGUCCUCGGACAAGCACAGAUAAUGAAGACUUUCAAUCAAGGGUGUGGACAGACCCCUAAGCUGAAGGUCUCCCAGAGGAGGAUGCCAAAGCUCCAUGCGUCACUCUCAGAACGAUAUCUCCCAUAAUUGAGAGCUUCUGGUGCUGUCCAUUUAAUGGGAAUCUGCUUUAAAUCAGAAGAUGAAUACACACCACCAUCCUCUUGACGAGACAUUCCAAAGUCACUGGUUUUCAGAACAUUAUUUUCACCUCCAAGCAGUUUCUUGCAGCAAGGUCCCUGUGUAUACAAUUUUUACCUGAGAUUUGCCAUCCAGAAGCAGCAUCUAAUAAAAAUGUCACUGUUUUAGGUCAUCCUUCUUUCUCAGAAAGGAGAGGAAAUCACGUCCUGGAACAAGUCCCUUAAUUUUGUAGAUAGGCUGUAUUUGUGUGCUAACGUUUACGAAUUUUACAAUAUUGGUAUGAUUAUAUUGCUUGAGGAUUUUGGCUUCUUGUAAAAAUUUUAAUUUCAGUUCCUGGGAAAGAUCAUCUUCACAUGUUCUAACAGGGAUACCAAUUUUAUGUUUUAAUGUACCCCUAAAUGUGUCAUCAAA